CCUCAGACGGGGCGUCCUGCGCGGCGCCGAGCCUGGGAGGCGGGGCCGCUCCCGGGAGCAGGGCUCUGGGCACCGGCGAGGGAGUUCCUCGGGCGGCGGCCGGGCGGCCAAGGACACCUGCGGGCUUCCCGGGCCACGCAAAACGGGAGGCUCAGCGCAGCGCCCCGGCGCCCGGCUCCUGCGAUCUGGCUGCGCUGGGAGCCACGCCAUCUACGCGUCGGCCCAUCUCCGGGCGGGGCGCCGGCCUUGGCUCGCAGCAGGGGGCGGGCGUGAGGUGGUCUUCGGAGGGGGCGCCUCGGCGCCGCCGGGCUGGGGAUCAAGGGGCUCUCCGUCUCCCUCCGGCGAUGGCAGCGGAUGCCACGCUCCAGUGGCGCCUUUUCCUCCCAGCCCCGCCUCGCCUGGGAGCGCCCUCCGCCGGGAGGGGUGGCACGGGUGCAGCGCGGAGCCGACCUGGCUUGCUGCAGGGCCCGGGUGGCCGAGCUCAGCCUUCCUCCGCUGAGCCGAACCCCGCCGAGGCGCGUAACCUGCUCGCCGCCAGUGCCCGGCCGGGAGCGCCGCCCCCUGCGCGCCUCCGAACCCAUCCCCUCCCGCCCGGCUCGGCCCCGCUCCCCGCCUCCCCUAGCCCGCAGCUCCUCCCACUGCAGCCCGGGCGACACCGAGGCGUUCUCGACCUCUAACCUCUAACCUGCACCCGCUUCUUUGUGCUGCGCCCUCCCCGCCAGGCUGGUUGCAUUGUUGCCGUUUCAUUGCGGAUGACUGGAGGCCGGGGAGCCGGGAGCGUGGAGAGUUGGUGCCUCGAGGAGACAGAUCCUGGUGGGGCCUCCUGACCACUGUGCCUCCAUCCAGCACGUUGGAGUUCCGGUUGAACCCUUCGAGGCUCAGAGCCACCAAAAUCCCCGCGGUGGAAUGGGAGACGGUAGCCUUGGGCAGUGAAGCAGCUCCUGGGCUAGGUGGAAGACACCGCAGCUGUGGCGCUGUCCAUGGUGAAAGAUGUUACAGGGUGUGGGGCAGGUGGCCCUGGAGAAGACCCUUAGGCUGCAGCCGUCCCUGGUUCAUAGUAGUCCUGGGGACAGCGUGCGAAGUGCCCUUUCCUGCCCUGCAGCCCCCUCCCGCAACUAGUAUUGCCCUAGGGCCCCCUCCCGGAUCCAGCAUUGCCCUGGGACCCCCCUCCCAGAUCCAGCACUGCUCCACUCAUUACGACUUGACUUUGCCUGUUUGUCUCCUCUUUCCCUCGCUGACCCCGAGUUCCUCCAGGCCUCAGGCUGCUUUUUCAUUUCAUAGCUCCCACAGUGCCUGCCUCCAAGAAACCUGUUUGCUAAGUGAUUGAGAAGCUGCCAUGCCCAAGACAUUAGGCACCGGCCUGACUGCACUGGCCCUGGCCCAAGAGCAAUUUCCAGAUUCAUUUUUUUAAAGUCCAGAAUGUCUUCAGCAUCUUUAAAAAUUGUUAACAGCUCCAGGCUGCUUCCAUGUCUAUCUGGAUGAGGUAAGGAAGAUUUGAAGGCGGAAAUGCAAUAUAACUGACACACCUGCCCUGGACACCAGGGCAUGUCCUGAUUUCCAAAUUAGACAGUACCUCGGUAUCCAAGAUGGGGGCUAGUGUACUCUCGGGAAAGGUCUAAAGCCUGUUGCAAAUGCACAGAACUUUUAUAAGCACCAAUCUCAUCGUUAAUGAGGUCAGAAAGCCAAAAUAAUGAUGAUCUUUGAUGAGCUGUACUAACAAGCAGGAAGGGUAGGGGUAUCAUUUUGGACUGUGGUCAGAAACACAUGUGUUGCUGGGACCCCUUGUGUCCAGUCCUCCCCACUUCCUGGAGCUGAUGUCUGCUUUUCAGAGUCACAGGCUUGGAGUUUGCUGCAGUACAAAGAAAGAUCCCAAAUUCCGCUGGGAAGAAGAUACCCAGGACUGGCUGGAAGCUGGACAGUGGCUGACAGAACCCCGCCAAGGGUACUGAAGCAUGCACUGUUAUGAUAGCCUUAAAGUCUCCUCUGGACAAGUCCCAGCGACCCCCCUGGGGGUCUCUCCCCUGCUCUCCAUUCAGACUGGCUGGCCUGUCAUCCUGAGAGAGGGGAAAAAUGGAGGGGGAAUCCCACACCUGACUCAUUUGUUCACUCAAUGCAUAUUUAUUGAAUACCUACUACACAGGCACCGGAAAUACAUCAGCAACAAGA